AUGGAGGCUGCGGAGGAGCUGCGGGAGCUGCGGGCGCUGGUGGAGCGGGCGGGCGGGCGGCGGGCAGUGCUGCUGGUGGCCGAGGGAGCUCCGGUGGCCUCCACCUUGGCCUCGUUCGCCCGAGACUUGCUGGGAGACGAGGCUCCUCCGGCACCGGGACCGACACCGGGACCGAUAGCGGGCUGCCCCUCCCGCUCCCGGUGCCGGUCCCGGGGCGGCGGCGGAGGGCGGCGGGCGCUGGCGGCGGGGCUGCUGCUGGUGCUGUGCCGCGGCGGGGCGGCGAGGGGCCGAGGGAACCGGGCACGGCUGCGGGAGGUGGUGCGGGACGUGCGGGGUCGCCUCCCCCCGGGGCCGCCGCCCGCCGCCGUCGUCGGUGUCCUCCUGCCCGGGGGGGACGGGGAGGACGCGGCCGUGCUGGACGCCACCCUCCGCCGCCACUUCCCGGCCCCGGGAACCGUGCAGGGGGCUCGCUACAGCCCCGGCAGCCCCGCAGCCCUCCAAGAGUGCCGUGCCGCAGCCUGCCGAGCUCUGCGAGCGGCCCUGCAGCACCCCGCAGAAGAGGAGAAGGAGAGGGAGAGGUGGAGGCUGCCUGCCUUCCUGCAGUGCGCUUCUUGGAGCCGGAGGAGCCGGAGAAAAGGCCACAUAUCGAAAGAUGCAAACAACGUUCAUGAAGAUGACCAGCAGGACCCCCAGGAAGUGGCUCUGACCAGCCUGUCUCCCAACGGAAACUACGAAGAAGCUGCAGGAGGCACGGACACCUAGAGCUGCGGGGCACCCGGCACGAUCCAUGCCCUGGUCCUGCCUGGCUGGUGUGGAGCAGCGGGAGGAGGAGCUGCUGUGUGCCUGCUCACGCUCUCCUCGCAGAGCCCACUGCUCCCAGGAGAUGCUGGAAUUCGCCAGGGUCUUCCACGGCUGCCAACAGCCUCCAAGGUCCAUGCCAGAGCCACCCACUGCCCUGCGCCCUGCUGCCUGGGGGGUGCCUGCAGGUGCCGGUGGACACUGGGCUUUGGAGAAGCCCUUUGGGCAUGUACCCUGGGCAAGGUGACGUGGGGACUUUGGGCGUCAGUCUGCAUGAAGAAAGGGGAAUGCUUGCUAAUUUAGAGCAAAAUUCCCCACUGAGAUUGCCAGGGCUGGCCUCUCAGGCAAACAGUCUGCUGCCUUGUUUUCAUGCGUUAUUGCUGUUUUGAAGUUCCUGCCCUCUCUCUGAUCAAGAAGAAAAAAAAAAAAAAGGAAAGACAACACGGUGACAUGAAGACUGCAGUGGGACUAAAUAUGAGGUCUUGGCCAGCUGAAAAGGCUUAGAUGUAGAUAAGCGAUGUGAAGAAAUGUUUAAGCAGUUCCAAAAGGCUACCCCUAGUCUGUGGAGCAACAAAAUUACAAAUCCUUGGUUUACAGGGAAUAUUGUUAUAACGGUAGAAUACCUGUAUUAUGCUUAUUUUAAUGCAACCGAAAACGGGUCUUGGUUUGCUUGCGGCACAAGCUGCUGGGCUGUGUUUGCUCCUGGCUGUCCCUUUGGAGUUUCACCCAGCUCAGGCCAGAAGCUUCAGCCCCUCACGUCCUGCCUCCCCGUUCCCUGCUGGAUGACGGCAGUGCGUCCUCCCUGCGUGUCCAUCUGUCUUCUUUCUCACUUCUUUUUCCCAGUGGCAGCAGAGCGUCUGCAGUACUGCCGGCUCCAGCCAGCACUCCCCUCCAGCAGCGUGCCUUUGGCUUUUCUCAAGCUUUUACCCGAAGCAGGGGCUGGGUUUGUCACCCGGCUCUGCUUGUGACCGUGAGCGGUCUUCCCGUGCCUCAGUCUCCCCACCAGCAGGAUGGGGAUGGCGACGCCUUGCCUACCUCACCAGGGUGACGACGGUAACGCUGAGGCUAGAGUCGUUGCCCUUCGUGAUGGUGCUGCUCUGCCCUUCGGGCUGGGAGAGGUGAAUCUUUAUUUUCUUGCAGUAUUUGGCCUUUGCCACCCAGAAUGUACCAAUGAAGAAGAGACCCACUACAGAUCUGCAGUUAAACCGCAGUGUUACAGAAUCCCAAAAUCAUCUAGGUUGGAAGAGACCACCAAGAUCACCGAGUUACAAAUCCAAUGGAUUUAUUUACUGGUAAUUUAUAGGUAAAUCAUUGCGCAUUUCUCUCGCACUGAAAUUUGCAUUGAAACUGAUGAAGUGCCAGUGACGUAGAGGUGUGAGUGGGAAUGCGUUUGACCCCAAGUAUUUUUUUCGCUUUGGCUGAGGAGCGAAGUAACUUUUUUUUUUUCCUGCAUUAAGUGGGUACACGAUGGUGCUGUAUUAAAUUUUACAUGUUUAAGUGAUUUCAUAAUUUAAGGGCUCUGUUAUUCUAAGUGUUUGCUGUAAAGAAUAAAGACGUUUCAUUUCUGAAUUACAAA